AAAAUUCUCAUUGAGUAUUCAACAUAACUUUGAUGGUGAUUAGUUAACACCAUUAGUUUAUAAGUCUAAAAGGCUAGGGAGCGCCCAGCGCCGCCGUCUUCUUUUUUGUCCGUCGUAAAUCGACUCAUAACUGACGAAAAUGUACGAUCGAUACUUAAAUGCAACUAUAAAAUUAAAUUCAUAUAGCACACUUAACUAAUACAAUAGUUUUUAUAACUUGUAAUGGUGGCUUGAUGUUCGUAUGUGUUUGCUAGGAAGGACUUCAUAUUUAAAUGUUGGAAUUCUUAUGUACAGCAAGGGAAUGUGUGCAAAACUAGAAACGUAUUCGUAUGUAGAUCUACAGAAUUAAACGGGCAAAAGAAUUGUAAUUCCCUUAAGAUGAAACAUACUAAACUGCAGAUAAAAUAUUUUUUAAAAAGGCGAUAAUUCAAGUAAACGGCGUAACAACUGAAUAUCGAUACUAAGGAAAGUAAUCGAUUCUGAAACCGGAUAUUUCUGGUAAAAAAGGCAGUCAUGUUGCGUCCCCGUUUGGAAGUAUGCGUGUGGACUAAAGAGUAACGAUGGAUGAGCAAAAAACGGUAUGUUAACAAAUAAUAAAAUUUAGUAAACAUUGCAAUUUUUAAUUGAUUUGAAAAGAUACACAAGAGAGUCGAAAAAUAUCCUUCAGAAACAUCCCUUUUAAGUUUCAACAUAAUAGUAAAAUUACGGUUUCAGCAACUGUUUUCGAUGUGAAAAAUCGUUGCCGAAACCGACAGGCUCCGCACCUCUAGAGCAGUGAAAAACACGGAUGGUUAAAAGUGUUCUCAAGUCAAAACCAACACACUAUUAAAUUAACUUUAUACAUUAAUGAAAUCUUAGAAAACAUUUCUUAAAAUCCAUCUUAGACCUAUCCAUAAUCCACCUCUGCUGGUUGGCCGACUAGCAACUUUUCCAUCUGAACUUUAACUAAACUAAAGGGAAAUUUUUGGACAACGACCGUAGCGCCCACACACCAACUUGCAGGCUGUUUUUUUACAACGAUAAAUGACAACGCUGGCCCCACAAAGUUUUGGUGGGAACAGCUACAGUAGCUGAGUAGACUAGCAGACGAAACGACAUACACAUUUUUAGGUCUGAAAUUGCGAAAAAGUGUCUUGAUAUCCAAGAAAAUUUUGCCAAUUACAGCUAGCUCUAUUUAGUUGUAAAAUGUUUUAUCUUGGAUUCUUAGCAAUUUCGUUCUUUUGUGGUUUAGUUUUCAGUGAGGAACCUAUUAUCUUUGGAAAUUCUACUAAGGAUGUCGUUGUUUUUGAAGGGCAAAACUACACGCUGAGAUGCUAUGCCGGUGGAAAUCCUCCACCAAUGGUGUCAUGGGUUUUACACGGCAAUGAACCUAAUGCUAUUCCAGUUGCAAAAAGUUCUGUAUAUGAAAAUUUCUUAACUAUAUCAAAUGCUACACCAUACAAUUGUGGCACAUACAACUGUAUGGCUCAAAAUGGAGUUGGUAAAGUCCACCAAGAAAUAGUGUUCUUGGUUAACUCUCCUCCAAGAUCAUGUAUUCAAAGAAAAAUAUGGACACAAGCCUUAAGCUUUAGCAUUGAUCUGGAAUGUUCUUUCCAAGCAUUCCCCUUGCCAGAAUCAUAUUAUUGGUCGAAGAAUGGAAUUCAGCUGUCAAAUAAUUCACAAUACGAAAUUCAGAAUUUUUCUUCAGGACACAAUCUUUUUCACACCAAGCUUCGUUUAAAGAAUAUUGAAAAAAAUCAUUUUGGAGACUAUGUUUGCCAUGUAAUGAAUCAGCUUGGAACUGCUGAAUCUUCUGUCACAUUGACUGAAGUGAAAGAUCCAGUAUGUCCACCUGCAUGUUCACCUGCUACUACGCUUCCACCCAAUGCGAGCGCUGCAUCCAUCAAGCUCAGCAUUUUUUAUUGUAUUAUGUUCUUACCACUGACGCAUGUCUGGCACAAUUUGAAUAGUAACUAAAGAGUUCUACUUCGUCACAUCCCAGGGAGCUAAACCAAACAAAAGUAAAUAGGUUAAUUUAAUUUUGUAAUAUUCACGCAAAUUGGGGAUUCUCGCUAUUUUUUAUGGUGCCAUACUGCUCGCUGCCAUUUCUUGUAAUUGUAGGUAGCCCCACGUGAAUAUUUGUAGACCAAAGCUUAGACCAAAUACCUAGACCCAGUACUAAGACCCAAUACUUUGACCAACAUCACAUCGAGCAGUAUUUCAAAAGAAACAAAUUUGGAACAUAACGCGUUCCCCUUCCCUUUUGAUGCACAUUGAUGCCUUAGAUUGUUGCUCAUCCAUAUAAUAUCUUAUGUGGAAAAGAUGUGAAUUCCUUCGAUAUUCUAUACUGAUAUCGAUUCUUUCGUUUGACAUGAUUCUAUCAAUUGAUUGUCCCUUUUAUUUUUGAUGUCUCAUGACGAUUCAAAGUUUUUGAGAAUCAUUUUUUUUUUAUUUCUCUACAUUGACUUCAAUCAUUUGUAUUUUUAAGAUAUUCAAUACAGCAAUCUCUUGAUUUAUUGAA